AUGACGCUUCGUGACGUACAAAAAAUUCAUCAGAUUGCCAGUUGGCUUUUAGAACACAGCGAUUCAGAUGGACAACGACAAUUUCUGCAAUCGUAUUCACAAUUUCGAGCUGAAAAUAUGAUGAAACCCUUACAAUUUAUCGCUGAUCAAAUUGGACCAAAUAACCGAGUCAAAAGUGGACAAUUUGUAAAGACUGCACUGAAAAAAGCAGCGAGCAGGAUCGGUAUUAAUUUAAAAGUUAAAAUUAUCUCUGUUAAUUUUUUAGCUGAUUCUAAUGACCAACUUCACAGAGAUAAUGCAAUUGCCGUUACCCUUUUUAUGCUUUCAUCUACUGUUGUCUUAAUCCAACUUGAAACAGAGCAAAGUUCGGCCGUUUUUGGUAAUGUCAGUGUUGAGGCAGAAGUGUUAAGGCAAAUUGUUGGCGCUUGUUUGGGUCGUGUUUUAUCACAUGCGCUUCGAGUUGUUGAUUCUUAUGAAGGAAGCUUUAUGAUACUUUUACCUCUUGCUCGUUUCAUGCUCAAACAUGCAAAUCAGCUUGCUUCUCUUUCCGAAAGGAUCAGAUUGGCGGUCGUUUUUUGCCUCAGGAUGGCAACGUUCGGCAUACUCAAUUCGAUCAUUUAUAAUAAUUUGUUUAAAAUUAAGGUGCAUCCAAUAAGUAGUGGAACACUAAAUUUACUCAAAGUAUUAGUUCAACAACAAAAAUUGCUCAAUCAGCUUAUACAACGUGCUGAGGUUCAUGAGAGUCCAGGCGCUUUGGCAGUGCAAAUUCUGAAGGCUCUUAGUCAAAAUCUACGUCAAAAGAGUAGUACUUAUGAAGACCCUGCAUUAGCUUCUCUUUUCAUGAUUAACAAUCUUCAAUAUAUUGGUCAAACUGUAAGCCGUGAAAGGACUUUGCUUGCUCUCCUUCAAGGUGAUCAGACAGCAUUUCCUUCUAGUUUUGAAACAGAGGCGGAAAGUUAUUUACAACAAUUUCUGAAAGUUUGGUCUAAGGUCGGUGAGGUUUUCAAUGCUGAUUUGGGGCCAGGAGAAGAGAAACGUUCUGUGAAAUCAAUUUUUACGGUUUUUACUCGGGAAUUUGAUGCAAUCGUUGAACAACAAAAAAUUUAUUGCGUAGCCGAUCAAAUAACAGCUAACAACGUCCGAAUGAGAAUAAAAAGUCUUAUCUUACAGCCUUUUGUUGAAUUUAGCAAAAAGAAUUCGCAAGAAUGUUCAGAACUUUUUGAAGCCGACAGGCAACUGAAAUAUGAUGCCGAAACGAUUGAAAUGAUCAUUGAUAGAUUGUUUGAUGCAACAUUAUGA